AUGGGUCGCAGAGUGUUUGUGGUCGGUGUGGGCAUGAUCAAGUUCGAGAAGCCCGGCAAGCGUGACUGGGACUACCCCAAGAUGGGUGCCGUGGCCGGCAAGAAGGCCCUCUGGGACGCCGGCAUUCGCUACGACGAAAUCGAUCAGGCGGUUGUGGGCUAUGUGUAUGGUGACAGCACCUGCGGCCAGCGCGCGCUCUACGAGAUUGGGGUGACGGGCAUCCCCGUGUACAACGUUAACAACAACUGCUCCACGGGCAGCUCCGCGCUCUUCAUCGCCAAGCAGCUCAUCGAGGGCGGCAUCAGCGAGUGCGCGCUCGCCCUGGGCUUCGAGAAGAUGGAGCGUGGCUCCCUCGCCUCCAAGUUCACCGACCGCACCAACCCCAUGGACAAGCACAUGGGCGUGAUCGCCGAGGCGCGCGGAGUGACGAACGCGCCGUUUGCUCCGCAGAUGUUCGGCAACGCCGGCGUGGAGCACAUGGAGAAGUACGGCACCAAGCCCGAACACUUUGCCCAGGUCGCCUGGAAGAACCACAAGCACUCUGUCAACAAUCCCUACUCGCAGUUCCGGGACGAGUACUCGAUGGAGGACAUCCUCAAGUCGCGCAAGGUGUUCGGCCCCUUGACCAUGCUCCAGUGCUGCCCGACUUCCGAUGGUGCCGCUGCGGCCGUCCUCUGCAGCGAAGAGUUCGUCAAGAAGCACAACCUCCAGCACCAGGCACGUGCGGUGGAGAUCUUGGCGUCCGCGAUGGCCACCGACUUCCCCUCCACGUUCGAGGAGAAGUCCUGCAUCAAGGCCGUGGGCGCCGACAUGACCAAGAACGCCACGGCCAAGAUCUUCCAGCAGACCGGCCUCAGCCCGCAGGACGUGCAGGUGGUCGAGCUCCACGACUGCUUCUCCUGCAACGAAUUUAUUACUUACGAGGCGCUGGGUCUUGCUCGCGAGGGCGAGGCGUCCAAGCUGGUCGACGCCGCCGACAACACCUACGGCGGUAAGUGGGUGGUGAACCCGUCGGGCGGUUUGAUCUCGAAGGGACACCCGCUGGGCGCCACGGGCCUCGCCCAGUGCGCCGAGCUCUGUUGGCAGCUGCGCGGCAUGUGCGGCAAGCGCCAGGUGCCCAACGCCAAGGUCGCCCUCCAGCACAACCUCGGCCUCGGUGGUGCUGUGGUGGUGUCGCUCUAUCGCCACGGGUUCCCCGAGGCCUUGCGCCCCUACCCGGCCGACCGCUUCAACCCGGCCAUCGACAGCCGCACCGACGUGGUGCCCGGCGAGGCCGAACCCGCGCCCGCCGCACCUGCGCCCGCCGCCAGCGCCGGCGGCGUCUCGGCCGAGGCCGUCUUCGGUGAAAUCGCCAAGCGGGUCGAGGCCGACCCGUCGCUCGUGCAGAAGGUGAACGCCGUGUACCAGUUCGUGGUGACGUCGGGCAGCGACAAGAAGGCCUGGACGGUGGACCUCAAGUCCGGCCCCAAGGGCAAGGUCACCGCCGGCGCCGCGGCCGCGGCCGACUGCACCCUCACCCUGGCCGAGAAGGACUUUGUCGAUCUCGUCCAGGGCAAGCUCGACGCCCAGGGCGCCUUCCUCAAGGGCCUCCUCAAGAUCUCGGGCAACAUGGGCGCGGCGAUGAAGCUCAGCCACCUCUUCGGCGGCAACAAGAAGGCGGCGCUCUAA